UUGAUAGUUAUACUGAUGGUAAUAACUGGUGUAUUGACGAUUCUAACUUUUGCAGCUCAACCCAGCUCUCCAUCAAUCGAACAUAAUGGAAAGGCAACAGUGAACGGAUCUGUAUUGGGUCCAUACUACGAAGGACAUACAUUGUCGUUGGAAUGCGAAACAUUUGGUGGGAAACCUACACCAGAAGUCUCUUGGUAUAAUGGGGGUGAAGAACUCGAAUCUGAAAGCAAAGUUCGAAUCGAAAAGAAUGGUGCAUCUAGUGUCACAUCGAUGAUGCAAAUGAGUUUAGAGAGAGAAGAUUUGGGAGCGAAUAUCGAAUGCCACGUUGACAACGAGGCUAUCGACGAACCCCUCGUCUCAUGGGUAAAAAUAGAUCUUCAUGUGGGACCAAUAUCUUUAGAAGUUGAAGGACCAACAACUCCCGUUGUUUCUGGAAAUAGCGUGACUUUCAUCUGUACCAUAGAAGGUGCCAAACCAUGGGCCAAUGCUACCUGGUUCAAUAGAUCUGAUGUUUUGAACAUCGAACCUCGGACUCAAAUCGACCUGAGAGAGGAUGGAACUUUUACGACCAUCAGUGCAGUUAACGUCAUAGUCUCACGGCAUGACCACCAGGGAACAUUCUACUGCAAGGGUACUAAUAACGCCAUGCAAGCUAAAAAUGAGGCACCCCUCCUUAAGUCCUUGGAUAUACAAGUUCUGUAUCCACCUGCAGUCAUCAUGCAGCCAACAGGGGGAGUGCUCGUGAACGAAUCAGACUCUGCCAUCAUCUACUGUACGUAUGAAGCGAAUCCAUUCAACAUUUCAGAUGUUCUAUGGUUUCACGAAGGAGUGCAAUUAACGGUUCCAACAAGUGGCAAAUACGAAAGCAGUAUACAAGGUUAUCCAACCUUAACCAUUCGAAAUGUUCAAAAAGAAGACAGGGGGAUGUAUUCGUGUUCACUGGCGAAUGCCAUUGGCAGAGGAAACGCCACCAAUGAAGCUGAAGUCAAUGUCUUGUUUCCACCGAUUGUGGAGGCGACCAUCGCUCCAGAAGACGUGAAAGAAGGUGAAAGUAUUUCACUGUUCUGCGACAUCUUGGAAGGAAAUCCACAAAAUUUGUUGCGGGUCAGGUGGUACAAGGAAGAUGAGCUUCUGCACGAGACAACUGAGAGGGAGAUCGUCUGGUUAGGGGUGAGCAGGAACUCAUCAGGAAUAUAUUCGUGCGAAGGAGAGAAUGCCGCCGGAUGGGGUGAGGAGUCUGAAAAGAAGGAGUUGAUCGUUAAGUACUUACCUGGUCCUUCAAAAUUGUAUGAAAUGGAUCCACCGGCUGUUAAAGGUGAAACAUCAUUCUUACACUGCGAAGUGAAUGAUACCGGAUUACCUCCUGCAUCUGUUUACAGAUGGGAAAAGAACGGUGAAUUACUGGCGACAACAUCAAGUGAGAAUUACACCACUGACCCUCAUGGUGUUAGAGCUGAAGGAAACUACUCAUGUUCUGCUGUAAACGAAGUGGGAGUUGGUCCUAAAGGAUACAAGUUCAUUAAUGUGUUUGCUCCUCCGGCCUUCAUCAUCGACUUGCCAGACAUACGAGGUGCUGAGCGCAACGCAGCCUUCAUCAACUUCAAAUGCCAAGUGGAAUGUGAUCCUAUCUGUGAUGUCACGUGGUCCAAAGACGGAAGCACUAUUACGAGCACCGAUGUGUAUAUAAUCAUUAAUCAGAUCGAAAACGAGGAUAUGGUCCAAAACCGAUUCAAAUCCGUCAGUAGUUCUUUGAAGUUUAAUAUGGCUGCUUGGCCCGAUAGAAGGCUGAGUCGAAAACGCGAUGAUGCCAAUUACACCUGUUCUUCAACAGGCAACGAUGUUGGAGAAGGCGUGUCAUCCACUAUGGAAUUCCUUGUUGAAUAUGCACCAGAAUUUAUCAAACUGUCUGAAGACAUGAUUUUUGUGAACGAAGGGGAGAUACCACAGAGUGUGGAAUGCGUAGCACAGUCAUGGCCUCCAAGCACAUUCAUGUGGAAAAAGGGAGACUUGGUCAUUGCCCGAGAUGACGUACUCACGUUUAACGACAGCGUCUAUCGUGAACAUGCUGGUAUGUACGUUUGCCAAGCUGAAAACAGACAUGGAAAACUUGGUAAAGAAAUGGAGUUGAAAGUUUUAUACAAACCCGAAUGCAGCAUUAGUGAAACGACAAACGAUGCCGGAGAGCCUGUAUUGGUUUGCAAAGCGGACGGAUUUCCCAACAAGAUCAACUACACUUGGAGUAAAGACAACGAGACGCUGGACAUUGAAGAUCAGUAUGAUCUGGAUGCUUCCCCUGAAGAUUACAAGGUCUAUCUACUGCCGGACAGCGCUGAGAGAUAUGGAAUGUAUGUUUGUGUGGCCAUUAAUGAUGUGGGCAUGUCAGAUCCUUGCGAGCGAUUGGUUUCUGGUCCUGGAAUAGCGGGUUGGCAUGCAGAAUUUGGUGAUAAGAAUGUGCUGGUGAUUGCUGCGAUUAUCGGAAGUAUAGCUAUUCUCUUUGUUCUCGCCAUCAUCAUCAUCAUACUCAUCAUGAGGAGGAGAAGAAUAAUGAGCAGUUAUAUCAGCAGUCCCGGUAAAGCUCCUCUGGGGGGAGGCGAUAGCCUCUACCAGAAUGUUAGCGGAUCUGACACCAAACAGAAUGGACCAUCUGCACCAGAAUCCGAAGGAAACGUCAUGUACGAAAACAUGCCAUUCCACCGUCAGGGGCAGUCUGUGCCUUCCUUCCCAAGUGCCCGCAUGAGACAGUCUCUGCCUGCUGAUUUUUCACGAGCAUACCAGAAUGUACUCUACUGCAGACAAGAUUGUAAAGAACAACAACAAAGUCCCCAAACCAACACUAAAGUCCAGAGGAGGACUUCAGGGAGCUCCAGCAAAAGAGAGCCCUGUCCCAAACACGGGUCAGGUCCUGAUUCCAUAGAGUGGGCUGAAGGUCUGUCCCAUUCUAGAGAAAAUGGAGGUAACUCACAGAAAUAUCUUAAUCCGUCUCCAGUGAUAUAUGUCGAUUUGGCAUUACCAUUCCACCGUGCACAACCAGUAAACAAAGAACUGACCAAAUAUGCUACGCUCAAGUUCACAUCGGAAGCUGCAAAAGCCUUACAGGCCGGACAGCAGUGACGAAAUGGUGUAUGCGGACUUGUAUGAUGAUGUCAAAGCGGGAAAAAUUCCCGAUCCUAGAAUGAAGCCUCCUCUGCCACCCAAGGGCAUCGGAAAGAAGCCAAAAGAGCCUCCUUUGCCUCCUAAAACCAAAAAGGGAGGGUUCUU